CCACACCCCUCCCCGGGCGAGAGAGAGAGAGAGAGAGAGAGAGAAAAAACCCGAAAGGGUCUCGUCGGUCGUCGAGGGUCACAGGAGCGAACUGGGUUUUUUUUUGGCGGUGGCGGCGUUUGAAAGCUCUUCAGUCUGACUCUUCAUCAUCUUCAGGCCAGUCAUUCGUCCUAGAGUUGUUCAUCCAUUUAGAGUCGCCAAAAUAGCUGGGCCAGGCAAAAAACGACGAAACCCUGAGCCAGACCCGAUCAGUGACACUAACAAACCUCCUGUGUCAGCCAAGUGGCUGAAAAUGGCCAACGUGACUGAAAGUGGCAGGAGGAGAUUGGGACGCAAUCAGGAGGAGGCUACAAGCAAAAAGAAGCUGAAGGACAAAGUCAACCAGGAAAAUAAGGAAGGGAAGAAUGCCGUCAGCAGUGAACCAAAGAAAGACCUGUUCAGUGAGUGGAAGCAGAAUGCAGAUGAAGUUAUUGUAAAGCUGAAGCUGGGAGAGGGAGCCGUGAAAGUCGAUGACAUUGAUGCAGCUUUCACAGACACCGAUUGCGUGGUUACACUUCCAGAUGGACGCCAGUGGAGUUGCCAGUUCCACGAAGAAAUUGAAAGCUCGUGCAGUAAAGUGCAGUAUAAAGAGAAGGGAAAUAUUCUCCAGCUCCUCGUGCAAAAGAAGAUCCCUUUACAUACGUGGCCUUCCCUCUGGAAAAAGGGCAAGGAGCAGCCCAUUGUGGCUCAGCCGAAGGAGAAUGGGAAAGAGAAGAUUUCUAGGACUGAGAAUAUCAUGGAAGAAGGAAGAUCCCUGAGAUUGUCUGACAGUAAUGACAAGAAAAAAACGAAGGCUGACCGGGGAGUUAAACGUGCAAUAAACCUAAAGACUCCGGAAAAAAACGACUGUUUGCCUGAACCUGGUGUGAAACGCACCAUCUUAUACAAGGCUCCAGAAGAACCUCGACUUGUACCCGAGACGGUGGCAGAACAAAAGAUUGUCGAUGAGCCCAACAAAGAGACAGACAUCGCCUCUCAGGAGCGGGGCGCAAAAUGUGCAGCUCCUGGAAAAAGUGCAGAGACUGAAAGUAGUGCCAAUAAUCCAGAUGAAAGGUUAGCCGCUGGUGCUUUUGAAAGCAAAGGAAAAAGAGAUGGCAGAGGCCCUCAGGGAGACGGACACAUGGCAGAGAAGAGGAAUGGGACUGGACAAAGCUCCUCGGAGAGAGCUGAGAUUGAAGUUACCGAGAAAGAGAGACCCUUUCUUGAAAGCCAGGCUCAUGAUGUACCACUGACUCAGCUACCCAGCGAAGACGUUUGUGAGACAACAUCAGGCAAUGUUAGUGUUGCUGUGGAGCAGGUAGUGGAUGAAAUGACAGCAGAAACGCAGGCUGAUGGUUCUGUCAGAGAGAUGCUGGGAUGCACUGAAAAUGCAGUGGAGAAGCCUUUGACGAAGGACGAUGUUCAGGGUUCAGUCAGAGAGGAAAUUGAUCAAGCAGCAGGAGAACAACUCUUAAUGGAGGCACUUGCUCAAGAUGCUGAAGCAAUAAUUGACCCACUAACUGAUGUGGAAAAAACUGACCAGCCAAAGGAGGUGGCGUCAGAGGAAAAUGCUGAAGCUCCAGAGCAUUAUGUAAAUCUUAGCUUCGUGAAGUACGACUCUUAUGAAAAGGGCACGGAUUCCAUGGUGGUACACGUGUAUGUGAAAGAGAUUUGCAAAUCUACAUCCAAGGUGCUGUUCAGAGAACAGGACUUCACUCUCAUUUUUCAAACCAGGCACAAUGUUUUUCUGCGGUUACAUCCUGGUUGUGGACCAAACACAAUCUUCAAAUGGCAGGUUAAAGUCCGAAACCUCCUAAACCCAGAGCAGUGCAUGUACACUUUCACGGCCUCUCGCAUAGACAUCUGCUUGAAGAAGAGACAGAACCAGCGCUGGGGUGGACUUGAGGCUUUAGCAGCACAAGGUGCAGUGGGUGGCGCAAAGGUAGCUGUGCCCGCAGGCCCGCCCUCAUUGGACAAAGCACAGCCGGGAAGCAGUCAGCACGCACUCCCUCCUAAGGAGGAGCCACGGCCAAGUGACAAGGAGAAAGUCCGCUCGGAGGAAGCCAGCCUCGACUCCGUAGCCGUCAGGUCAGGACCCGAGAGUGUACAGAUCAAACAAGACGCGCUUUUGACAUUGCCCAAACCAACCUGCAUGGUGACUCCUAUGACGCACAGCCUGGCCAGCGGUGAGCAGGCGGAGGAAGAGGAGGAGGAGAAGAAGGUGUGUCUGCCUGGGUUCACCGGGCUGGUCAAUCUGGGGAACACCUGCUUCAUGAACAGCGUUAUUCAGUCCCUCUCAAACACCCGCGAGCUCCGCGACUACUUCCACGAUCGAUCUUUUGAGACAGAAAUAAACUACAACAACCCUCUAGGCACUGGUGGCCGGCUUGCCAUCGGGUUUGCUGUGUUACUUCAGGCUCUGUGGAAGGGCACUCAUCAUGCCUACCAGCCAUCCAAACUGAAGGCUAUUGUGGCGAGCAAGGCUAGCCAGUUCACUGGCUACGCGCAGCACGAUGCACAGGAGUUCAUGGCGUUUUUGUUGGACGGCCUCCAUGAGGACCUCAACCGAAUACAGAAUAAACCUUACACAGAAACAGUGGAUUCUGACGGACGUCUGGAUGAGGUGGUGGCAGAGGAAGCUUGGGAUCGUCACAAAAUGCGGAAUGAUUCUUUUAUCGUGGAUUUGUUCCAGGGUCAGUACAAAUCCAAGCUGGUUUGUCCCGUGUGUUAUAAGGUGUCUAUUACGUUUGAUCCUUUCCUGUACUUACCAGUUCCCCUGCCACAGAAACAGAAGGUGCUGACUGUGUAUUUCUUUGCUAAAGAGCCUCAUAAGAAGCCCGUCAAGAUCUUGGUGAGUGUGAGCAAGGAAAACUCGAACGCUUCUGAUGUCCUUGACGCUAUCUCCAGGAACCUGAAAGUGAAAGUUGAGACUUUGCGACUAACUGAGGUUGUAAGAAACCGAUUCCAUCGCAUAUUUGAACCAUGCCAGUCCUUGGAAAAUACGUCCCCGAGUGAUACUCUUCUCUGCUUUGAAGUACUGACUAAAGAGCUGGCGAAGGAGCAGGUGGUUGAACUGCAAGUUCAACAGCGUCUAAUGGUCCCCAAAAUACCCAUCAACAAGUGUGCUGCGUGCCACAAGCCACAGCAACCGGAUGAGAAACUGCGACGCUGCACAAGUUGUUACCGUGUGGCCUACUGCAAUCAGACUUGUCAAGUCAAUCACUGGACUGACCACAAAAAUCAGUGCAGACCAGAAAACAUUGGAUACCCAUUCCUCAUCAGUGUUCCCAAGUCACGGCUCACGUUCUCGAGACUCACACAACUGCUGGAAGGAUACUCAAGGUAUUCAGUCAAUGUGUUCCAGCCACCAUUUCAGGCUGGACGGAUUACACCAGAACCUCCUCCCUCCAAACCUGAUGCCCCACCUUUGGUCUCUGCAAACGUAUCCAGCGCUGAAACCGGUGAGAAGAAGCUCCCACCAACCGCUGAGGUCCAGGAAAGAGACUUUAAGCCGGUCCGCCAUGCCCACUUAACCGGUUCUGCUUCAGAGCCCCUUCUGACCUCUGCUUUUACAAAGGAGCUGAACAUGCCCGCCAAAGACCGGGAUUCCGUACACAGUUAUGACUCCGGAUUCUCGGAGUCACGGACGGAAUCGCAUGAGGAUUCGGGAUGUGAGAAGGAAACUUCUUAUGAGAAAGCUGCAAAACCGGAAGCUGCCGUGCCUGGUUACCAGCAGCGGGCUGAGUCUGCGCGCUCCCACACUUCACAGUUCCACAUCAAGUUCAUUGAUUCUUCACGCAAAGAAGAGAAAGUGGAUGACAAAGGUGAUAUGCCGUUGGAGUUUCCAGACUGUGUCUCACUGGCGAUGAUCUGGAAGAAUAAUGAGCGACAGAAGGAGUAUGUGCUGGUGGAAUCCAGAGAGCUGGAGUAUAUGGAAGAUCCAUGUUCAGCGAGUGAUGCAGCCAGGGCGGGUUACUUCACUCUGGAGCAGUGCCUGAAUCUCUUCACAAAACCAGAGGUGCUGGCACCUGAGGAAGCAUGGUAUUGUCCUAAAUGCAAGCAACACAGAGAGGCUUCCAAACAGCUGAUGUUGUGGCGACUUCCGAACGUGCUCAUUAUUCAGCUGAAGCGCUUCUCUUUCCGCAACUUCAUUUGGAGGGAUAAGAUCAACGACAUGGUAGAAUUUCCCAUCCGAAAUCUGGAUCUAAGUAAAUUCUGCAUCGGCCAGAAAGAUGACAGGCAACAGCCUAUUUAUGACCUGUACGCUGUGAUUAAUCAUUACGGCGGUAUGAUUGGAGGGCAUUAUACGGCCUACGCACGUUUACCGAGUGACAAAAACAGCCAACGGAGCGAUGUUGGCUGGCGUCUGUUCGAUGACAGUACCGUGACCACAGUGGACGAAAGCCAGGUUGCCGCGAGGCACGCUUACGUCCUGUUUUAUCGCCGCCGCAACUCUCCAGUGGUGCGGCCGGUCCGGACAAGAGCUGGCGGGCGGGGGGCUGAGUGCGCCACUGGAGCAGAAGGAGCAUCGACGCAGAUGCGGCACGCUAAAACUGGAGGUUGGGCUUUCUGGCAAUUAAAGCUAAAGCAGAAGUGGUUAAAACUGAGCAGUUCCCAUCAAAGCAAAGAAAAUGAGCAGUUCCCUUUCAGUUUCUCCAGUCAAGUUCCUGCCUACGAGAAUGUUAACAGUGUUGUUGAAGUUGUACCCUCUUGCAAUUCUGCACUCGGAGAGAUAAGAUUAGGGCAGCGCAACAUUUUGGAAUGUGGGGCCUGUUUCGGCACCUUUAACCGUUCCUUAUUCCAAUUGCUGGGUGGGGUGGGUGGACGAUGGGUCUUUGUAUAAUAUCCUUGCAGGACAGAAAAUAAAACGGCACAUUCCAAAGUACCGUUCCUUGCCAAAAUAAAUGCAGGUUCUAAAAUGCUGGGCUAAGGGUUAAACGCUGCAGCUUGUUUUGGUGUGAGCUUUAUACGGUCUGCACUGUUGAUAGGCCAAUUGGUAAGGAUUAAAUUCAGUCUAAAAGCAAAUUUUCCCUUCCCCAGAGGGGCAUAAGUCACCAUGUAUACCUCUGGCAGAGAGAGAGAGGUUUAGAGGUGCUGAAAGAUUUGCAAGCUCGUUUUUUUUUAUAACGAGCUUUUGCAGCUGCAGAUUCAGACCCAUGAUAUUUUAUUAUUAUCUGGCGCUUGUGCUUUCUGUUUUCACGGUCAAGUUGUUGGAGAGAGAUCUCAUCAGAAAAGUUUCAAGGAUUGUUUUUUGGUUUUAAAACAAAUCUUUUCCCUUAAUGCAGAUAUCUAACUUUAGUGCAGCACGCACGCCUCACUAAUCCGGGCAACUCUGUCCCUAUCGCAGAACAUUGUGGGAUUCAGCGCUGUUUAAAACUGAAAUCUUCUUUCUAUCAUAUUUGUGAAAAUUGUUAAAUUAUAAUUGAAUUCAUUUUUUUUGGAUGAUUGUUCCUUCCUCUCCUUUUCCAUGUGAAAUGGCUCUUCCACCACCUGAGAAACCAGGUUACCUGGAGAAAUUCCUGCAAUGCAAAUGCCAUCCAUCAGGGUGCACACUUGGUGCAGAGCCUUUAUUGGGGGGGGGAAGAGUUUCCGAGGCGUUGCAAAGCAUCCCGUGCUAUAGCCCGACCCAAAUGCAACUAGUGGUAACUUCCAGUUCGAAUGAUAUGAUGCUCAUUUACGUGCCCUCCCCUGAGGGAGAGAAAGUAAGUAAACUGGAAUCUUUAAAGUGUUGGAGGAACCUGGAAGUGUCGGUUUGACAUAUCAGUCCAACAGUGGCCUGGCUCUACCUAAGUGCCCAAGGUCAGUUUAUCACAAUAUCCAUUGUGGCCCAGGUCAUUCUCAGUGAAAGCAGAAACCUGUGAGACGUGAUUCUUUUGUGUAUAAAUAUGUUUUCUUGCAUAAUAACCCAAUAUUUAGUUACAAAAAAAGUAUCCAUGCUGUUCACAUCACCUUUUAAGUAUGUAAAUUAAUUGUAGAUUCACAGGCUGAUAUCUACACCUUGGUCCCAGAUGACCAAUCUGUUGAUGCAUUUGUUUUCUUCUAAUGAAUAUUAUUUGUUUUGGAGACAUUAUCCCUUUUACCUUGCUUUACUCAAGUUUUUCCCUACUCUAUUAUGGAACUUUAUUUGCCAGAAUAGAGGUCCCAAACUCCAAUAUGACCUGCCUCCAGUGUUGGUGCUUAGGCUGAGGUGGAGAACGUGCUGGCGAUUAUUCUGCCCUAAUCCACGUCUGAAUUGGUUGAAAUUUGAUCUAAAUCCAACGUGGAUAAAAUAGAGGUGCAGAUAGCAGUUUAAUGUCAUCUGUCUGGGAGCAGCAUAAUCCAAUUUGAGUAAAAUACUCAAAAUCUACCAUUUAUGAAAGCAAUGUGUGCUUGGCUUUCAAUGGGUUAUCCUCCCAAAAUUCCAGCAUGAUUUCAAAAUGACAAAGCACAUGUUAAGAUCCUGGAUUUUAAUGGGUUUCAGUGCUUCCCAUCAAUGCUGACUUGCUAAGUGGAGGAGUGGAGGUGGGGACUGGAAGAUUUCUCAGCCGUUGAAUGUUUGGUGCUGAAAUUAGUUUUCUUAAAGUGCACUUGGACUAAUAACGCAGUCUAACUGUAAAUGUUUCUACUCUAGAGUUCUUUAAAUGGGGAUAUUGGAAAUUUUUUCACUAGGUUUUGAUACUUGCAGGACAGUAAGAGGGAUACUGUCUAAAGGUGUACUUUUGUGCAUGUCCUUUUUGUUUUGUGCACGUUCUCUUAUUGUUAGUCUUUCUCUUCCCCCUCAGACUCGCUCUGUUGCUGUGAACAAAUUUGUUGUGAAAUGAAUUGUCUGCACUUCAGUUUGUUAAUUUCACCUUAAUUAAAAAAAAAAGCAGUUUUGCUUUUCUCCA